AUGUUAUUUCAUUUAUUCGUUAUAUUCAGUUUAUAUAAAUCAAUAUCGUGUCAAAUAUCAUGUUAUGCUUGUUCAAACGACUCAAUUAAAUAUGAUUAUAUAAUUACAGCUGAAAAUAUUCCUACGGAACUGAAUAAUUGUCCAAUUAAAAACAAUCAAUACGAAUGUGCUGUUGAUAUAAGAUGGUUCUUAUCUUCUAAUACAACUGAAGUUGAUAUCGUAACUGAUUCUCGUAAAAGAGAAUUAGCACCAGCAGAUCAUACAGUUACUGUUGACGCUAUUUUUGGAAGUAAUGGAUUGACUCAAGAAAUAUAUCAUUCAUUAUAUUAUUUUUGUUCUACUGAUAAAUGUAAUAGUGCAAGUGAAUUAAAGCGUUUAUUAUUAUCAUUGACGUUGAAAGAUCAAUUGAUGGAAUUAAAAGAUUUAUUAAAACCAAGUGAACAAUUCGAUGGACAUUGGUGUUUAUUUUUCUCGAAUCAAACUGCUGAACCUUGUGAUAUACCUGUAACCGUAGAUCCAAAUAACUGUAAGCAAUGCUCAGCCAAAUUCACGACUGAACCAAAAACGAAUACAAUAUGUGCAGGUUGUUAUAAUGAAGAGAUGCAGAAAGACUUUUUGGGACGUGAAAUUCUUUUUAAUUUAACUGAUCGAACACGUACUGAAAUUCGAAUGAUUAAUUGUCGGUCAAAUCAUUGUAAUGAAAUUCAUACGGGGGAUCUGAUUCGUCAAAAAUGUGCCAUAGAUUUUGAUUUCGUCAAAUUUUUAAAUACCACCAUUCAAGUGCAAUCACAAACAUGUAAUGGGAUUUCACAAUAUGAACAAUGUUCAACAAAUAGUGCCUGUGCAUGUUUUACUAUGACAGAUGCUAAUGACACUGGCAUCUGUGCUCUUCUUUCGAUGGAUUGUGCUAGUCUUUUACCAUGUGACUUUUCAAACAAUACAUGCCAUCAGUCUAAUACAAUGUGUGUUCGACAUCCUCGAUGUCAUGAUCAUCCUGUUUGCUAUCCAAAAUCAAUGAUUGGUAAAGAAAUCUGUCCACCUGUGAGACCAAGUAAGGAAUUACAUUAUUGA